UUCCUUCACAUAUAAAACCAUCAAUCGAUCCCCAAAUUGCAAUCAAAUCCAAUAAAAGAAAUAAAAUCGAAGCUUUGUACACGAAAAAAAUAUGUCUUCACUUGCAGCUGCUAGGGCAGACAACUUUUACUAUCCUCCAGAAUGGUCUCCCAAGAAGGGUUCACUGAACAAGUUCAAUGGUCAACAUGCGCUCAGAGAGAGAGCAAGAAAGAUAGACCAGGGCAUUUUAAUUAUAAGGUUUGAGAUGCCAUACAAUAUCUGGUGUGGGGGAUGUCAGUCGAUGAUUGCCAAGGGUGUGAGGUUCAAUGCUGAGAAAAAGCAAGUAGGAAAUUAUUACUCCACAAAGAUAUGGAGCUUUACAAUGAAAUCUGCAUGCUGCAAGCAUGAAAUUGUCAUUCAAACAGAUCCAAAAAACUGUGCGUAUGUAAUUAUUAGUGGAGCUCAAAAGAAGACUGAAGAUUAUGAUGCUGAAGAUGCCGAAACCUUAGUACUCCCAGUAGAUGAAGACAAAACUAAGUUGGUGGAUCCCUUUUAUCGCCUUGAGCACCAGGAGGAAGACUUGAAGAAGAAGAAAGAAGCUGAGCCUUUACUUGUUCGUCUUCAGCGAGUAUCUGACACUAGACAUUCAGAUGAUUAUGCCAUGAACAAGGCUCUGCGAGCCAAGCUUAGGGGUCAAAAGAAAAGAGUUGCCGAAGAAGAGGCUGCUGCUAAGAAAAUAGGACUUGGUAUUAGGUUACUACCACCUUCUGCAGAGGAUGCUGCAACUGCUGCAAGUGUUAAAUUUACUCAUAAGUUCGAUAGGAACAGAAGGGAUAAACGGGCCAUCAUUUACUCUGGAUCAAUCUUCUCUGGAUCGUCUGGUUCCUCCAAGCAUUCAGAACUAGAAUCUAAGAAGAGAAAAAUAAACGCCUCUGCUGCAUCAAAGCUGCUGGUUGGAGGAUUUAAGCCCUCGUCGUGGUCUGAAGCUGCCGUUUCGUCUAAGAGACAAAGGCGAAUCUAACAAAAUGAUUCCGAGUGCUUUCCUCCUGCCAAUAUUUUCUUGGUUUACCUUGUUGAAACUUCUGCUUAAAAGUGUUGCCUUCUACUUAUAGUUAGUUUCAACCUAUUUUGAUAGGCAGUUCAGUUACUUGUACAGAGUUUAUGUGUGUUGGGUGGUUUUCUCUCCGCUUCCAACGGUGUUUGUAUCUGUCAAUCUGAAUAAAAAUGCAUUUGUAUUACUGAUCCAUCUGGUGGUGUAAAUCUUGGUUCUUUAGCUUCAGCAUACAAAAAAUUCUUGGAAGUCGAUUCAGUACUUGAAUGAUUGAAUCAAAUUUCAUUGUGCUUCUGUAGAAGUUAGAAGUUGAUUCUAUUUACUGUGUACUAGACCAAAUAUGAGGAAUUUCUUCAAGUAAAAUUACUAGAUGUUUUGAAUGAUUGAAUAAAUGGGAGUACUGCUCUUCCUGCUUAUUUGGA